UCUCCACUUUCCCAGCAUGAGCCGCCAGUUCACCUGCAAGCCUGGAGCUGCUGCCAAGGGGGGCUUCAGCGGCUGCUCAGCCGUGCUCUCUGGGGGCAGCUCAUCCUCCUACCGGGCAGGGAGCAAAGGGCUCAGUGGGGGCUUCAGCAGCCGGAGCCUUUACAAUGUGAGAGGUACCCGGAGCCUCUCCUUCAAUGUGGCCAGUGGCAGUGGCCGGGCUGGAGGCUAUGGGUUUGGCCGGAGCCGGCCCACUGGCUUUGCGGGCAGCAUGUUUGGCAGUGUGGCCCUGGGGUCUGCGGGUCCGUCUGUCUUCCUGCCGGGGGGCAUCCACCAGGUCACUGUCAACAAGAGCCUCCUGGCCCCUCUGCAUGUGGAGCUGGACCCUGAGAUCCAGAAAGUGCGCAGCCAGGAACGGGAGCAGAUCAAGGCUCUGAACAACAAGUUCGCCUCCUUCAUCGACAAGGUACGCUUCCUGGAGCAGCAGAACCAGGUGCUGGAGACCAAGUGGGAGCUGCUGCAGCAGCUGGACCUCAACAACUGCAGGAACAACCUGGAGCCCAUCUUCGAGGGCUACAUCAGCAGCCUGCGGAGGCAACUGGAGACACUGUCUGGGGACCGUGUGAGGCUGGACUCGGAGCUGCGGAGCAUGCGUGAUGUGGUGGAGGACUACAAGAAGAGGUAUGAAGAGGAGAUCAACAAACGCACAACUGCUGAGAAUGAAUUUGUGGUGCUCAAGAAGGAUGUGGAUGCAGCAUACAUGAGCAAGGUGGAGCUGCAGGCCAAGGUGGAAGCCCUGGACAAGGAAACCAAGUUCUUCAAGUGCUUGUAUGAGGGGGAGAUCGCCCAAAUGCAAUCCCACAUCAGCGACACAUCUGUCAUCCUGUCCAUGGACAACAACCGCUCACUGGACCUGGACAGCAUCAUUGCCGAGGUCCGCGCCCAGUACGAGGAGAUUGCCCAAAGGAGCAAGACCGAGGCUGAAACACUGUACCAGACCAAGUUCCAGGAGCUGCAGCUGGCAGCGGGCCGGCACGGGGAUGACCUUAAACACACCAAGAACGAGAUCUCGGAGCUGACCCGGCUCACCCAGAGGCUACGUUCGGAGAUUGAGAAUGUGAAGAAGCAGUGCAGCAACCUGGAGACGGCCGUGGCCGAUGCUGAGCAGCGAGGCGACUGUGCCCUCAAGGAUGCCCGGGCCAAGCUGGAUGAGCUGGAGGCCGCCCUGCACCAGGCCAAGGAGGAGCUGGCACGGAUGAUGCGUGAGCACCAGGAACUCAUGAGUGUGAAGCUGGCCCUGGACAUUGAGAUUGCCACCUACCGCAAGCUGCUGGAGGGCGAGGAGUGCAGAAUGUCUGGAGAAUAUACCAACUCCGUGAGCAUCUCCGUGGUCAGCAGCUCCACAGCCGGGACUUCAGGCACCGGGUCUGGCUAUGGGUUCAGCGGGGCUGGCACCUACAGUUUCCGGCAGGGCGCCCUUGGAAGCUACAACAUGCUGUCUGGCGGCUGUGUCACCGGCAGUGGGAACUGCAGCCCCAGUGGGGAGGCCAGGUCCAGGUUGGGCAGUGCAAGUGAGUUCAAGGACACCCCAGCCAAGACCUCAGCUUUGAAUCCAGCCACCAAGAAAACCACAAGAUAGAGGGACAAGCUCUUCCUUCUCCAGUAGGCUGCCUUGCCCUGGCUAGCUCUGGAAUCCUGUGUGCCCCUGAACCCCAAUGGGUCCUGACCUCACCUCCUCAUUCUCCAUGCAAAGGGAACUCUUGGCUCUGCCCUCUCCUAAUGCAGACCCUCACAAAGAGACAAGUUCUCUCCCUAGGGCAGCUCCCUCCACACCCUGGCUUAGGGAGUUACUUGGUCAUGUGUGCCCUUGGCCAUAAGUUAUUGCCCUCCUGGGAGAGAAAUGCUAGCUUAGGUCAAACACCUGUUUGUAGGUUGCUCCUUGUCUGGCCGCUGCUCACUCCUGCUGCUGGGCCUGUCUAUCCAGGGUGGGAGGGGGCGUCCCUGCUCUGGUUCCUGCCCUAUUUCCCAUGUCUUACCAAUAAACACG